UCCUUUCUGCAGAGUGGUCCAGCUCACCCCAACCAGUCACCACCAUGACCUUCAACGGCACCUGGAAGAUUGAUCGCAAUGACAACUAUGAGAAAUUCAUGGAGAAAAUGGGAAUUAACCUGGUGAAGAGGAAGCUGGCUGCUCACGACAACCUGAAGAUCACAAUCGAGCAGACUGGAGACACGUUUCAAGUAAAGGAGAGCAGCAGCUUCCGUACCAUCGACAUCAACUUCACCCUGGGGGUCACCUUCGACUACAGCCUCGCAGACGGAACUGAACUCACGGGUUCAUGGACCAUGGAGGGCGACGUGUUAAAAGGAAUUUUCAACAGAAAGGACAAUGGAAAACAACUGACAACAACCAGAAUCAUCCAAGGAGAUGAACUCAUUCAGAGCUACAACUAUGAAGGUGUGGACGCUAAAAGGAUUUUCAAAAGAAGCUAAACCUGUUGACUAAACUSAAGCAAUAGAUAUUUGAGUUCUUGAUUACAUACAGUAUUUUGUUGAGUUAUUAUGUAGUGCAACUGCGAAAAGUACCCAACUUGUAAUGCAUUUUUAUAYUUGCAUUAAAAAAACAAUUGCCUA